GCCGAUUUCUUCCCUUCUUGCACUCUGACUGUUGUAGAAUGAUGCUGCUUCCAACCAUAGUCACUUGGAUGUCCAUAGAAGGGCAUAGGAGGCUAGAACAAGUGAUCCCAAAUUCAGUGCAGAAAUGGUGGGAUAAAUGGGAGCUACGAGGACUCGUUUUGAUUAGCCUUGUCACACAGAUCAUAUUGACAAUAUUGGGUGACCGUAGAAAAUGGAAACCCAAUAUUUUGACACGACCACUUUUGUGGUCUGCCUACUUGCUAGCAGAUUGGGUGGCAGCUGUAGCAAUGGGAGUCAUCUCCAGCAAUCUAGGAGACAUUUACAACAAAGGUGAACAGCCAAAGAAUGUUGAUCCUCAACUUCUUGCAUUCUGGGCUACUUUUUUUUCUGAUUCACCUUGGUGGUCCUGAUACAAUCACAGCUUAUUCCUUAGAAGACAAUGAGUUAUGGCUAAGGCAUUUUGUUGGUUUGUUGUCUCAAUCAACCCUCACUGUCUAUGUAAUUAUUUUGUCUUGGCAAGGUAAUUGGCUUUCGCAUCUUACCAUUCCCAUGCUAAUUGUUGGGAUUAUCAAGUACGGGGAAAAGACUUGGUCUCUUUAUUGUGGAACUAUCAAGUAUCUCAGGGAUUCUUUCCUUGGUUCAAGUUAUUCUUCUAGGAAAUCGAUAAUUACGAAAGCUAUCAGGGAAGAACAUAGGAGUUUUCUUCGAGCCAUUUAUAUCUUUAUAAGCCUCUUUGUUGAUAUGGUUUUGAGUCCACGGGACAUUCCUGAAGAUAGAAACAAAUUUCUAGAAGAAGGAAGUCCCAAAUGGAGUUUAGUGGAUUCUGAACUUAAAUUGAUGUACGAUGUCUUCUAUACCAAGGCAUUUGCAAAUUAUGGCAUGCGGGGUUUCAUAUCACGCUUCAUCACUCUAACUACCAUUAUUGUUGUGCUUGUAUUAUAUGCUUGUUUAAGUGAAAGAAAUGAGCACCUGGAUUUGGACCACGUCAUCACGUACUUGUUGGUGAUUGGAGCAUUGUUAGCAGAUAUAUAUGCUUUUACGUUAGUUCUGAUUUCCAAAUGGACAGAUUGGUACGUGGAUAUGAUGAUGCUAAAGAUUGAUAUUGAAGCUUUACAUCUUGCUUGUUUGCUCCUAGGUUUUUUGGCCACAUGCUGUUUUGUACAGAAAGAGGGUGUUACUAUUGGAGUUUCUUUGGGACAGUCUAACUUUUUCAAUUUGAUUUCCAACAAAAGUUUGAACAUAAAGGGUAAUUUCUUCCCGGUGAAAAAGUUAGAAGAACUCUCAAGUGUUACAUAUUGUUUAUCCUCAGAUGAUCUAAAGAAAGAGAUCCUUAAAAUUUUGCGUGAUAAAUCACAGUUCAUGCUAUCAAAUCCUUCGAGUUCCCCUGGAUAUAGGACUCUUUUAUUGGGAAAAAAUGUUCCAAUUUUUGCAAGUGAACUCGAACUGCAUAGAACAAUAAUUACUUGGCACAUUGCUACAGAUAUGUUUUAUAACUCUGCUGGCAACUCAAAUUCUAACUUAGGAACAAGGAAAAACUGUAAAGUGAUGUCUGACUAUAUGUUUUACCUCUUGGUCAAGCAACGUCAGAUGUUGCCAGUAGGAGCGGGGCUGAUAACUCUUCAAGACACAGUAAUUGAAGCCAAGAAAACUUUUGUAGUUCCACAAAUUAAUUUAGCUCAAAUGAGUGGGAUAUUGCUUCAACAUGACACGACCAGAGCAAGAGAUGAAGCCUCAGAGACCAGAGCAAGAGAUGAAGCCUCAAAGAUGCAAAGUACAUCUGUUCUAUUUCAUGCUUGUGCAGUUGCAAAACAACUCAUUGAUGAAAAAAAUAGACAACGAACAUGGGAAUUUGUUGAAGAAUUGUGGAUUGAGAUUAUGAGGUACGCUAGUGCUCAAUGUAGAGUAGAUAUGCAUGCUCAUCAACUUAGAAGAGACCCUGAAUUUUUGUCUCAUGUUUGGCUCUAUCAAGCUCAUCUUGGUUUGUUGGAUCAAUUUCAAAUAACACCCCGCCAUACAAGUGUGUAACUGGGUGAGUGUUAGGCCCUGAAUAAGGAAAAGUUAAUCCAUCAUGUAAGUUCAAACAUUUUAUUUAUGUUUCUAUCUGUAACAUCUCGUAUUGAUGCGUUGUAU